AGCGGUGGGUGUGCGAAUGCAGGGGGCCAGAAGGUGCGGGUGCCAGGCGCCAGGAUGCGGUGGCUGGCCACUCAGCUUGGGAGCAGCCCAGACGCUUAUUAACCGGACCGGUGCGGGUAGCUCAGCGGCGACAGGGUUGUCCUCGGCAGGUUCGCGAUGCAGCGGGCGGCGGUGCUGGUGCGGCGGGGCUCCUGCCCCCUCGCCUCGGGCCCCUGGGUCCGUAGUCACAGCAGCGCUGCAGCCGAAGCCUCGGCGGCGCUCAAGGUGCGACCGGAGCGCAGCCCUCGAGACCGCAUCCUCACUCUGGAGUCCAUGAACCCGCAGGUGAAGGCGGUAGAGUACGCCGUGCGCGGACCCAUCGUGCUCAAGGCCGGCGAGAUCGAGAUGGAGCUGCAGCGGGGUAUCAAAAAGCCAUUCACUGAGGUUAUCCGAGCCAACAUUGGGGAUGCCCAUGCUAUGGGCCAGCAGCCAAUCACCUUCCUCCGUCAGGUGAUGGCACUCUGUACCUACCCAAACCUGCUAAGCAGCCCCAGCUUCCCAGAAGAUGCUAAGAAGCGAGCCCGGCGGAUCCUGCAGGCUUGCGGUGGAAACAGCCUGGGAUCCUACAGCGCCAGCCAGGGUGUUAACUGCAUCCGUGAGGAUGUGGCAGCCUUUAUCACCAGGAGAGACGGUGUGCCUGCCGACCCGGACAACAUCUACCUGACCACCGGAGCUAGCGACGGUAUUUCUACGAUCCUGAAGCUCCUGGUCUCUGGGGGCGGCAAGUCCCGGACAGGCGUGAUGAUACCCAUCCCCCAGUACCCCCUCUACUCCGCGGUCAUCUCCGAGCUGGAUGCCAUCCAGGUGAACUACUACCUAGACGAGGAGAACUGCUGGGCCUUGAACGUGGACGAGCUCCGGCGGGCGGUGCGGCAAGCCAAAGACCACUGUGACCCCAAAGUUCUCUGCAUUAUCAACCCCGGGAACCCCACAGGCCAGGUACAAAGCAGAAAGUGCAUAGAAGAUGUGAUUCACUUUGCCUGGGAAGAGAAGCUUUUCCUACUGGCUGAUGAGGUAUAUCAGGACAACGUGUACUCUGCCGACUGUCGCUUCCAUUCCUUUAAGAAAGUGCUUUACCAGAUGGGGCACGAGUACUCCAGCAACGUGGAGCUCGCGUCCUUCUACUCCACCUCCAAGGGCUACAUGGGCGAGUGCGGCUACCGGGGGGGCUACAUGGAGGUGAUUAACUUGCACCCUGAGAUCAAAGGGCAGCUGGUCAAGCUUCUGUCGGUUCGCCUCUGCCCGCCAGUGUCUGGACAAGCCGCCAUGGACAUUGUCGUGAAUCCCCCCGUCCCAGGCGAGGAGUCCUUCGAGCAGUUCAUCAGGGAAAAAGAAUUCGUUCUUGGUAAUCUGGCCAAGAAAGCGAAGCUGACAGAAGACCUGUUUAAUCAAGUCCCAGGGAUUCAGUGCAACCCCUUGCAAGGAGCUAUGUAUGCUUUUCCCCGGAUCCUCAUUCCUGCCAAGGCUGUGGAGGUGGCUCAGGCCCAUAAGAUGGCCCCAGACAUGUUUUACUGCAUGAAGCUCCUGGAGGAGACCGGCAUCUGUGUCGUGCCCGGCAGUGGCUUUGGGCAGCGAGAAGGCACCUACCACUUCAGAAUGACAAUUCUCCCUCCCGUGGAGAAACUGAAGACCGUGCUCCAUAAGGUGAAAGAUUUUCACCUCAAGUUCCUGGAGAAAUACGCAUGAGGACGCCUCAGGCGCCAGAGGGUCUCGGUCCCGAUCCCACCCAGGCCUUCCUCUUGGACUCUGCCUCAGAUCUCAUGCAGGCCGUCAGCCCGGUUCAUCAUCAUGUUUCCCAGGAGACUUUCUUUGUGCCUUGAGCAAACAGUGAUUUUGCAAUGUCUCGCAGGCCCUGUUGUUUUUUUUAAAUGCAGCCAAAGUAGAGUCAACUUGCUCGGCAGAUGUGGCUGGGAUUCUCCGAAUCACCUAUCCUUCCUGUGUUCGGAAAGUUCCUUUGGGUUUUGAACAGCCAGGGUACAUUGAAAUGAGAGCAUUCUUACCUACAGAAACAAGCGGGUGUUGGGAAUGUGUGACUUUUACACGGUGAGGACCGGAAGCCCAGAAAUCAACAGUGAGAUCCCUUAGCAGCGCGGAAACAUACGUUUUGAACAGUAAGCCUGCAAGUCCGGCAAGCACCCAGAGAAAACGUGUCAUUCUGGUCUGGAUAUAGACAGCUCCUCACAGACCAGAAUACUGAAGUCAGUAGUGGCACGGGGUCACAUCAGAUUCCAGGCUAGAUUGUACUGAACACAGCAUUGGCAGGGGCCAUGACCUUGGUUAGAGGUCCUGAGGGGAAGUGGGGGAAAACAGGCUGCAAGUUGAGCUGGGUCUUCUGAGCCGCACGGCAGGUGCAGGAUGACUCAGCACCCUGAGCUCUGCGCAUGCUUUUGCUGAGACCUUGGUAUAAAGGGAAGGUCUCCUGGGCUGCAGGGACACCAGGGAGAGCCCUGAAAUAUCUUGGUGACGUGAGGAUCCAUACCACUGGUUACCUGGGGACAGUUUUCUCUCAAGGGCCUGUCUGAGCCUUUGUACCGAUUGCCCUCUGCUGGUGGCAGUAGAAAUCAGCAAAGGCUGAGAAGUGCCCUACAUUAGGAGGAGGUGGAUCUUUUUAAAAAUCUGACAGCGCAGCCCCUGCAGGUCUUCUGUUUCAAACUAAAUUUGGCUCAUUCUGUGACUGUAAUUGAUGACAGUGCCCGCUACACCAACUGCCAGGAAGGGGUGUGCAGUCUGAGUCAGCAAACUUCUCCUACAGCAGUUUCCUGCCUCCUUCCCCAUCCGUGGACAGUGUCCCACGUCAUCAGCCAUCCCUCAUGUCACGGAGUAGCCGCCACCAAGCAGGCAUAGUCCUUAAAUACCGGACCUGAGUGGAGCCAGGUGCAUGCCAAGGAGACGGUGCUACAGGGAGCAGCAGGCCAGGUUUUCCUCCCCAACAUCCCUUGGCCGUCUUCCAUCUUCAUGAGAAGUGAGGGAAGCCACCACCAGCUCAGGGGCCCACGUACCCAGCGAGUCUGGGGGAACGCAGGAGCUAAAGAGAGCGAUGCGCACGGCUGUGGGGUCCUGUGCUGUGAUUCCACAUUGGGUCUGUGCAGGGGGGCGCAGUUUUUAAAAGAGCUUCAAGCUGCUAACACGAGAUUACUGUGAAGGAAGCAGCCACGGUCUUAUCAAAAUGAAUGUUCUGGAACUUUCCUUAAAAAGUUGAAAAGGUAGCGUGUAUGCUUGCUAGGCAUAUACAUUCUGAGAUAUCUCAGUGAAUGGUUAACUAGAAGCUAGUCUAUUUUUUAUAUUUUUGUAACAAUUGCUUUUUUCAUGGUUGGGGGGGGGUGGUGGUAGGGUUAGUAUUUAUAGUCCUAACAAGUCCAAUAAUUUUUAUAAGUCUCUUCAGAUUAUAAAUAAUCCUCCAAAUUUUGCAAUGUUUACAUGUUUUUAAAAAAAAGAUGAUAAAUAUGCUAAGUUUGCUUUUUAAAUAAAAGCUUAGGUGUUCUAAGAGAUUAAUAAUGUCAGGUAGGAAUACUGGUUGUGGCAGCUUGGGUUUUCUACAGAUUCUUCUCCCACGCCUUUUCUCUCUCAGCGUCACUGAAGACAGUUGUUUGUCGUCUGGGGUUUCCCUUGGGAGUCUACUCCUGAGGUUGCUGUUCCUCCAGAGGUGUGGGUGGGUGGUGCUGUGGAAGCCUGGGCCAGGCUGGACCUGGGUCAGUGACACGCAAAGACAUUGUUUGCAUUGGGUGCAAGGGCAGGGGCAGACCUGCCUGUUCUCGGCUGUUUCUCGUCUCAGUUCUUCCGGCCUCCCUGACAGAGGUCCUUGGAAAUAGCUGUGCUGGGAAGUUCUGAACAAUAAACUAUGUGCCCAGAA